UCACCUGAAACACACCCUUUGACACUGGCAGCCACCCAUUUGAACCUGGGUGUGUCAGAGUGUACAAGAAGGAUAAAAUGACUCCAACAGAGCUUCAUUAAACUGAUACGAGCUGGAAGACUUUUUGACUUGAAGAAGAGAGUCUAUCAACACAAUGGCAUCUGAAGGCAACCCAGUACCCGAGGCCAUCACCAAAUUCUGUCUGUCUUUGCUUCAAAAGCUGAGCGAGGACGACAGCUCUGCAAAUCUCUUCCUCUCUCCUUUCAGCAUCUCCACAGCCCUGGCUAUGGUCAUGCUGGGGACGGCAGGCGAAACAGCCACACAGAUGUCAAAGGUCCUCUGCUUUACUGAGCAAUCAGAUCAGGCUGGAGGACAACAGACGCAAUUGUCGCCGAUGCAGCAGUUGCAUGAAGAGAGGCAGGAGAGGAUGCAGAUGCAGCCACAGGUGCAGACACAGCAAAGCAGCAGACUGCCACCGUAUCUGCUCAAGAUCCUGAAAGACAAGACUGAUGAUGCCAAUAAGACUGAUGAUGAUGCCAGUAAGAUUGAUGAUGUCAGCAGCAAUGACUCCCAGCCCCAGUGUGAGCUCAACAAGCCUGUCGAUGUCCACGCCGACUUCGGCAAACUGCUGAGUGAACUCAACAAGAACGAUGCUCCGUAUGCCCUCAGUCUUGCCAACAGGCUGUAUGGGGAGAAGUCUUACCAGUUUAUUGAGGAGUUUUUAGCAGACAUCAAAAAGGAAUACAAAGCUGAGCUUGAGUCAGUGGACUUCAAAAGCAGCGCAGAGGAGGUCAGGGUCAACAUCAAUGAAUGGGUGGAGAAGCAGACACAAGGUAAAAUCAAGGACUUGCUGGGGAAGAACGCGGUGGAUGGUCUGACCAGGCUGGUACUGGUCAAUGCCAUCUACUUUAAAGGCAACUGGAACCAGAAGUUCAACGAGAAGGAUACUGCUGAUGCAGCCUUUAAAAUAAACAAGAAUGAUACUAAGGAGGUGAAGAUGAUGCGGCUGACCAGUACAUUUCCUGUCGCUGUCAUUCCAGAGCUCAACUGUCGGGUGCUUGAGAUGCCCUACAAAGGAAAGGACCUCAGCAUGCUCAUCUUACUGCCUGAUCAGAUAGAGGAUGAUUCAACAGGUUUGGAGAAGCUUGAGAGCAAGCUGACCUAUGAGAAGUUUGUGGAGUGGACUAGUCCAGUCACGAAGAAUGAAAUUGAGGUCCAGGUGAGCCUGCCUCGAUUCAAGUUGGAGGAGAAGUACGACAUGAAGGAUGUCCUGGUCAGCAUGGGCAUGGUGGAUGCCUUUGACACUGCAAAGAGUGACUUCUCUGGAAUGUCUUCAGCAAACGACCUGGUACUGUCUAAAGUCGUCCACAAAGCCUUUGUGGAUGUGAACGAGGAAGGAACUGAGGCUGCAGCUGCCACUGGGGGUGUCGUAUCAACCUUGUCUCUUCCUGAAAUGUUCACAGCAGACCACCCCUUCCUCUUCUUCAUCCGACAUAACCCCAGCAGCACUAUUCUCUUUGCCGGUAAAUUCUGCUCCCCUAUGUGAGCACUGCAGCAUAAAUUUUGCGGCUUCCUGCUCCCUUAAAACGUGUCUGUGUCCAGUUUAUAUAUUCAAUUUAUAUAUUAUUGUAUAUCUGUCUGUAUCAGCUCAAAUUCUGUGGACUGACUACAGUGCAGGUGUAUUUUAUAGUGAUGGAUGGCAUUUAGUGAAAACUCCUGUCCCUUUUGCUCAUGGCAGUCAGUGUUAUAAAAACACGGUUGUUUUACAGUUUUUGACCAGUUGUCAAAAUUCCAUGUCACGCCCUUGUGCCUGUCUUUUGUUGCUUUCGUACCUGCAUUGAAGUAUCUCAAGAAGAUUUUGUCAGCCAGUGAAUCCAGACUAUUGCUAUGUCCAUAAAAAUGCAAUAAAGGAGUGUUGGUUGAAAGCG